AUGGCCUCUAAGGACCUCAAUGAAUUGCACAAUAUCAACCACCAGCAUUAUUCCAUGAACUUUCCCGAAAACUUUAACACUUUCAAACCCCAUGAACCAGUCAUCCUUAAUCCCGAAAGUAUUCAUGUAUUUUCAGAUGGGAAUGCUCUCGAGGAGGAGUUCUCUCUCGUUCAUAUUCCUCUUCCAACAACACCCAAAUUAAAUCCACCCUCCUCAUCCAAUCCAUUGGACUCGAUGGAAAUGAAUGCCAGUUCCAUUCAUUAUUCGUCGUUGAUUAUUCCCAAAGCAACGACGACUACGAGCUGUUCUCCUUCCACUCAGUCCUUUCGAGUUGAGGGAUCUUCUUUUACACCUCCUUCUUCAAGAGUUGUUUCAACAACAUCCGCUUUGAACAACGAUCUUCCUCUCGGAUCAUCAUCUGCAACAACCACCACACCUCCUAAAACAUCGGUAUCCAACCAAUGGCAAUCAACCAAAGAGGAUCCACAGCGAAAAACUUCAAAAGCCAAUUCACCUAAAACUGUCCUCCCACCCGAUCCAAAUUCUUCUCUCCCGAGUUCGUCAGCAUCAACAGUAGCAAAUGUACCAGUCUAUUCACUCGGGUAUGAACCUGCACAGAGCGCCUUAACGCCUAUUCAGUCGUCUCCACCCCAGCAUGAAACUCCUUCCUCAAAAUAUCAGGAAAAAAACUCCUCUUUAUCGAUACGUCAACGAGAACACUCAUCUGAAGACGAAGCUGUUCAAGCAAAACAAAACUUUCUCAUUUCUGUCAUUGGAUGUAUGGUGUUGAUAUUGUUUGGUCUUGGAUUGCUUUGUUCCUGCGUUGCAUUCUAUCCAUUGCUAAAAUACAAGGCUUCUGACAAUCCGAAAGUGAGAAAGUAUGGAACUCUUGGGUUGGUAUGCUUCAUUAUAACCUUUUCCAUCAACACUACCGUUCUGGUGGGAAUGUUUGCUGCGGUGGUUGCUUUGGUUGCAGUGCUUGUCUUUGGUUUGUGA